GUGGCCUUGUUAACAUCAGCGGUGAGGGGGAGAGUGGAGAAAGAGCUGUCUCCAGAGUGCAGGGAAUUCCUCUACAUGGGGACCCCGCCGACAGGGCUGGGGCACCACGCCCUGCAGUUCAUUUGUCAACGUUACAACAAGAGGGCCCGCUACGUGACGCUGUACAACACCGUGGACCGUAUACCUGUCUACUCGGCCUACACCUUCAAACGCUCCGAGGGGGAGAGGUGCCUCGAUGUGCCUUGGAUGUAUGAACCUCAGCUAUCCACAUCCUCUGACACCGAUGAGAUGCAGCCCUUCCCGCGUGGUUACAUCCACAAGAAUUUUGAAGAUGCCCAAGCCGUCCUGGACGACUACUCGAACGCCGUCCUCUACGAACGUGGCAGCCUCAACCCGGACGAGCAUCAGGGCGAGCCCGACGACAAGGCCGCCACCUACACCCUGACCAACGUGGUACCCAUGAUGCCCGGCUUCCACAAAACAGUCUGGAGCAAACGGGAGCAUGUCGUCCGCAAACGGCUGAACAACUACUGCCGGGGCCGAGCUUACGUCGUCACGGGGGUCACCACGUCGGGGAAGAUGAUCCGCCGGGAAAACAUCAACCGCAUCGCAGUGCCAACGUACCUGUGGUCGGCGUACUGCUGUGUUGACUUCGACCACAACGCUCCUUAUGCUGAGCGCUACAAGUUCCCGUCUUUUGCCCACUACGGCCUCAACGAGGAGAACAACGAGGUGGUGGAAAUGUCCGUCCAGAAGCUGAAGGAGUUCCUCCAGAGGACCACCUUCGUAGACCAGAACUUUCAGAUCUUUGUCGGUGACUGUGACCCAGCCACACAGGUUAAGCUGUAAUGCUGGUGUUUGGCCUAAUUAUCUUUAUUUAUCCCCAUGUUUACAAGAACCUGGUUUGUCUAAUCAGCAAUAAUAAACCUU